AUGUCAUCGGUUAAUUCCAAAGAUUUUGAGAUGGAGAUGCUAGACGCUUGUGAGCUCGAUGAAGAAUUCGGUCUCUUUCUUCGCAAAGAAGUCUUUGGGACGGAUUGCGUGACAAAUGAUGUCAAAGUUAUUUCCCUGUUUGGUAAACAAGACGCUGUGAAGCACGAGCUCGAGGGUUUGCACUGCUGGUCGGUCGAGAUGGACAAUCACAUGAAGAAAGAAGACCAGGGAAUUUACUGCGUCAUUCAGCAGGACGGCGAAGCGGUAGAACGCACGUUGUUUCUGUUUGGGUGGAUUCAAGAUUGUUUGUUUCGAAAGGCUCGACUGCGCGAUACUGCGACGUACGUGCUCCGUUUUCUGACGUGCUUGAGCCCGGACAUGGUGUGCUGUCUGUCGCCUGAUGAUGUUGAGCUAGUUGAGCGAACGGUGGUCUCAAUGAGCUCGAACAAUUUGGACGCUUGGAAAUCCUUCUCAGUUGCAUUCCAUGUUGAGCGCCAGGAAGAGCAGAAGGAUGCUGUCGGAUGUGAAUGCCUUCCGGAUGUCUCGUUGCCAGCAAUCUUUUCGACCCAGAACGUUCAACUGCUUAAGGGAAGUUAUCCAGCGUUCGCUGUGAUGGAACCAGCUCCAGCCAAGAAAUGCACCGAGUCGAGUAACCAAAGCUUCGACAACAUCGACGAAUUUGCGCGUUGGCUGGGCGAUGAGUCGAAACAACGCAAUUUGAAACUUGAAGUCGGAAGGACGGAUGCGAGUCUUUUCUAUAAUGGACUGCUUCGUGCAGCUGGACGCUGGCCCGAUGUAAAGUUGAAAAAUGUUCGAGACAUGCUGGCCCGAAGCCUAAGAACGUCGGCGGAUGUAACAGUGGACCGAGUUCAAAUGUAUAUUGAGGAACACCGGGCGAGGCUACUUGGCUCCAUAGACAAAUUGUUUGACUUGGACGUGCUGUUCACGGCGGCAAAAAGUGAGCCAGCAUUCGUGACUCUCCACAUGUACAUGGAAGAGGUCCAGGCAACCCGAGGCAUCUGGAGCAAAAUUGACUCUGCGACACAGGCAACUUUAAUUUUGCCGCUCCGCCUCAAGAAUCAGAUGAAAGCCAUCGCUUCGACGUUCCGCGAUCAACUGGCUAACACUACAGAAGGCGAAGCACGUGAAGCUCUAGCAAAAUUUAUGCGCGAGUUCACUGUUUCCGAUUGGAAACUUUCGGUCAGCGGUGAAGGAGUGUUUGGGCGAGCAUGGAAGAAACUAAGCAACAACCUUUGGGAUCCAGGUUCGAAGCUCCUGUCGGACCAAUUCCGCGAGUGUAUGGCAGAGCCGCUGAAUGAAGCUCGACAAGCUUGGUUUGGGGCUAUUGAGGCUGUCUUUAGUGUCGCUGAAAGUGCGCUUCAGAAUACCUGGAGCGAGGAGAUGCACGUUUCAAUUCGUCGAUCGUGUCAAGAAGACGAGCGCAAAAUAAUAUCUGAAGCUUUCGACUAUCUACUUCGUAGUUGGCGAGAGCAACACGAAGGUGGUUUAACGAUAACUCUUCGUCCACGUGUACGCUCGUCGAAGAUUUAUUGCGACGUUCAAAGGGAACACUGGAAGCCCGCAACAGACCAGCUAAAGGUUUUCAAGUUGAUAAAAGAUGACAACGAGACUUUCAGCACGACCCAGCUGGGCGCGCAUCGUUUGAAACCGGGUGCAAAAAUGCUAAGGGCUUUCACCAUUAAGAAUCACUGUGUGGUGUUGGUGACAACCUCUCCGCAGGGUACGUUGGUAGAACGCAUAGACUUUCCACUUAGUACCUGUUGGUGGGGCGAAAAGGAGGGAAACGUGACAUUCACACGCCAAUUUGGUCGAGUCGUGUCAAUGUGCGACUUUAACGUCCAUGAACGGGUCAUAGCAUUCGUCGAGGAAGGUGGAAGGGUUGUACUGUACCGGUUCAACGAUAACUUUUCAUCGCUCGAGAUUUAUAAGCGCGUUGAGUUGUCGCUGCGAAUGUCAUUGGCACUCCCGGUCGCAGAUGUGUUGCUUGUGGAUGGCUUCUUGUACGCGACCGACACGAAUGGAUUGAUCCAGUCGGUAAACUUGAAGAACCAGCAAACGUCACGAGCGGCGCAAAUAAUGCCAUCGGUGUCUUGCGGGUCGAACAGCACGCUAUUUUCGAUUGCCGACAAUAUGGUGCUGGGUUUCAUGGCGAAGAAAAAAGUGGAAGACGACAAUUGCGAGCUCACUCCAAGUGCCGAACUGGUUGCCGUGGCUAGCGAAGACUUUCGCAAAGUUCCUGCGAGUUUCUCACUUGCUCUGCCAUUUCGUUCGCAUGGUCUAUCGGUUCAGUGUUUUGAUAACUUGUUGUUUGCAGUCGACGAGAAGCGGAAGAAAAUUUGCGUCGUACAACUAGGCGUGACAGUGCGAAGCGAAUCCUUCCGCAUUCAGCACUCAAAGGAACACUCAGUAAACGGCAGCAAGACAGAGGUCGAUGAAUCAGACGCCGACAAGGUGGAUCAUUGGCUUCGAGCUUUUUAUCACACAUACGAAAAGUUUCCUGUUCGCGGCCUCAUUCGAGGAGUUCAUGACACGCCGGUUACGUUGAAACUGAAGUUGGCGUGCAGCUCUGCACUGACACAGUCUGCUGAAGAAAGCUGCCGAUACUUCUUUCAGGUCGUGAUGCGUGAUUUGCGGAAGCUGAAUAAACUUCUCGGUGGAAUGGAUUUGGCGAGAGAUUUAGCCUUUACAACGAAGUUGAGUGCUAGCAUGGAACAUGUUGCGCCUCAACCCGUCCGAUCUUUUCUGCAAGAGUUGAUCACUUUCGUACCCAUCCAAAUCUGUCGGGCUGAAGGAAAUUCGCUCACAGUCAUGACGAAUGGCAAAGCAGCGUCGAUGGGAUCCGAGUCCCAGAGCCUCCAAGCCGUUGAUAUUGCUCGUUCGAUUCGAUUCGGACUAUUAUCACCGCUGCUGGAAUCGUGGCAAGGGCGCUGCAUCGUUAUUACGUCUAUGGGAAAGCAGUCGACUGGAAAGAGUUACUUGCUCAAUCACUUGACGGGGUCAUCCUUUGCUAUUGCUGGAGCACGCUGUACUGACGGAGCGUGGAUGUCGAUCCGUAUUCUGCCCGAAAACGUUCUUCUCGUCGUUCUUGAUUUUGAAGGUCUUGGGUCUUUUGAACGAACGGAGCAGGAAGACGUGUUCCUGUCGGUCCUCAACGCAUCCAUUUCGAUGUUUACCAUUUUCCGAAUGGAGAUGCGAUUUGAUAAGGAAAUCGACGACUUGUUUGCUCGGUUCCAGAAGGGUGUUGCUUUGAUUAAGGGGGAUCCAAACCUCUUUCGUGGCAAGCUCUACAUGUCAGUGAAAGAUGUGAACCCAAACGAUCAAAAGGGCGUGUUGGACGAGUUUGUUGCCAAGUUCCAGAAGUUGGUCGGCGUGAAUAAGGGCAGCAACUUUCUGCUCGACUUGUACACAGGACAACUCGACAUUAACUGCUCACCACCACUGGGGACGAUCAAUUACUACCAGUCUCUAAUGCAUGCUCAGACUUUCAUCGAGCAAUCGCUUUGCGGUGUUGAUAAUGUGGGCUUCCAGAGCGGCAAGACGUUCUUAAACUGCAUUCGUUUGGUGCUCGCUAAAAUCGCGAUUCUGGAUUGGACAUCACUGGAUGAAGGCGCAAAGCAGUUCCAGUUGUCUGAAGUCAGUUCAAAGCUGUCAGGUCUACUUCGAACGGGUUGCAUCAUCCCGCAAGAGUACGUAGCGUGGAAAGAUGACAUAGCCUCGUACCUGAAAGAAGACAUUGUGUUGGCUGGCGGGAAAGUGAUUGACGUCGAUCUGAUGACGUUAUCUGCCGAAUAUCCUGCAUUGCGCAAGAAGUGGGAUGCCCUUAGCGAAUGCAUGGAUCUUGACUCCUUACGAGACUCGGAGAUUGAUCUUGGUUUUGACUGUUGCUCUGCCAGCGAAGACACUGUUGCGCAAGUUUUUGGUGCGAUCAAGCAGCUCUUUCGGUUAUUCCUGCGAGUCAAUUCGAGUAUCGAGAACGGCAAAGUGUCGCGAGAAGUUGUCGUCAACUUUGAUGCUUUUCUAGCUUUCAUCGUACGUCGUCGUAAGGCCCGGGUUACCCUUUGGGCAAAGCAAAUGCUUGGAGGUCGGGUGCCCGACGAAUGGAAAAAUGUAGAGCAGCAGUAUUUGGGGCGAUUCCAGAUGAUGCUUUCACGCUGCCAAAGCAAGUGUGACGACUGCCGCCUUGGUUGCAUGAAAGCUGCUGCUCACCAAGGGACUUCCUCACACAAUUGUGGAGGAAGCCACGUCUGUGCUGGUCGUUGCGAAUACUGCGAGAGCAGCGAAUUUUUCGGGAAGACUCCGCCUUGCUGCAAAGAAGCAGGCCACGAAGGAAAAUGUGAAUGCGCGGAGGGAGAUCACACGUGUGGUCGCGACUGCUGCAUGACAAAUUCACCAAAUUGUGGUAAGAAGUGCUCGAUGAAGCGAGGUCACAAUGAUCUGCAUAAAUGUGAUGUCCCAGUUCACAUGUGUGGUGAGAGUUGCUCGGCCAAAAACUGCUCGGGGCGGUGUGUCUUAAACGUUGAGGACCCGCAUACUGCCCACAAGUGUGUCGAGGUGCGCUGCAUGCAGAAGUGCGUCAUGGAUGGAUGCAAUGAAACGUGUGGCACCAUGGACCAUUUCCACGGCCAAGUUGACGUUGCAGUAGUGUUUUCAGUGGAAAAUGGCAGCGAGAAAGGUUCCAGCACGUUUGAUGCGGCUUCUGAAGCUCCUGUAGUGCACAUGUGUGGAAACGGACACGAGUGUCAAGCGAUGUGCGAAGAAAACGGGAUAUGUCGCGUGGAUGUGUUUCUCAAGCAGUCGUCGAGGACGUUCCCGGGGGCUCGUGGCGAGUUUCAAUUUACUUUUCAAGAGAUGAACGGUUCUCGUAAGAAGUGCACGAAGCUACUACCACCCAACCAGAAAAUGCAUCAAGGCGCACAUACUUGCAUCUGUGACUCGAGCGACGAUGACGAUAAUGACCAAACAAUUCACUAUUGCGAUGUCCGCUGUCCGUGUUGCAGCUACUUUUGCAAAAAGAAAUUCGGGCACUUUGACUCGCACACGACAUCUCAUGGCAACAUGCGCAACACAUACUUCCUGUCAGAUGCGGAGGAGAUUGACAUUGAAGAGCGUAAGUACAAGACUGGUGAGCUGGGAAUUGCUGAAAUGUGCAACUUGUACUGCUCUAAAAUGGGUCGGGAGCAUAUCCACUACCUUGAUUGCGAGCAAGGUCACAAGGACAAGUGUGUGUACUCUGGAAGCACCACGGAUCAGCGACGUCACUGCACACGCGCACUUGAGCCGAAACCGGAGAAGGAGACGGAUGAAGUACUGCAUGAACAAUUUUGGAAGACGCUGGGCUGGGAAGAUCCGUGCACAUCGAAGAUGGAAUUGGAACUCUUUGGCAAAUGCGGCUACAAGUGCGAUGCACCAGACCACGACGAUAAGCCUUCGCACUGCAUCCUCGAUGCGUGGCAUAAGCCAGAGCCCAAGCCAAGAUCAGGCUUUGACGGCUUUACGUAUGUUAGCGGACACAAAUUUGAUUGCUCGCACGUUGCGAGUGGUGGCAAGAUGCAUCAUGUGUUCGUACUGGAUUGCUCGGGCUCGAUGAGCGGUCGGCCUUGGAGUGAUCUCAUGGCUGCGUGGAAAGAAUACGUCUAUAAUCGUAUUGCGGAUGGAGCUACAUUGGACUUGGUCUCGGUUGUCACCUUUGACAAUUACGCUCAAGUGGUUUACGAAGCGCAGAAUAUUACGACAAUGACAAAUGCACACCUCCAGUAUCGCGGAGGAGGGACGAAUUAUGCUGCGGGACUUCGAGCUGCAAACGAAGUUCUCUCGCGUAUGAAUUUUGAGAUGUACAAGCCAGCAGUGGUGUUCUUCAGUGACGGGCAUCCUUGUGAUCCUCUACAGGGUGAGCAAUUAGCGACGCAUAUCCGAUCUUGCUACGAGAAGAAUGGACUCCAGGCGUUUGCGGUUGGCUUUGGAAGUAUAAACUUGAACAUGUUGGAGCGAGUUGCAGAGAAGAUGGGUGGGACGUAUCACCACGUUCUCACGGGCAACGAGCUGAAAGCGACGUUUUUCAGCAUCUCAGCUUCAUUGAGUACUCGAGCAGGUCUGGCACUGGCGAAACCCGACCAUGAACGCAAUUGUGUAAUUUGUGGACAAGACUUGGCAUCAGGCGAGACUGUGAAGCUGGAAGGGUGUCGUCACGAGCUUCACAAUGGUUGCUUGGAUGUAUUGGUACGCAAUGCCGAGGAAGAUGGAGAUCUCGCUCGUUGUCCAUCAUGUCGCCGUGUCAUUGGUACAUGA